GGCCUGCGAUCAAACCACCGUCUCUCUGGAUUUCCAAAUAUCUGUGUGCGGUUUCUCUGCUGCAGCUUUAAUCAUUCGAGUGAAAUCAGAGGACAGAGAUGAAGAGCAAUCCAUAGCUUUGAUCACGCUAAAAUCAUGCUGAAAUGCAAAUUUUAUUGAAUUAUUGCCACUAGUGGUGGGCUUUACUUCAUUUAUCUGACAUGCCUUUAAUCAAGUAUACGUGUAAGGCGGAGCUACACUCGAUUCAUACUUACUGAAAGUUUCCUCGUUCAGAUUAAAUAUGUAUGUCAAAUUACUUUUUCAUGACAAAAGUCGACCUCCAUUGUGUUGGUCAUCCGGUGACGUCAGAGUUCUGCUAAUAAAAGCCCAUGAGUAAGCAAGUGUAAACAUGUCCAAAGUUCAAAGAAGACAGUUGAGCAAUGUAUAGAUUCAAUCUGGCGAGUUGUGUAUUUACAAUUUGGCACGAGAACAAGGAUUUAGCUGGAGGAUCGUCGCUCUGUCGCCGUCAUGUUGGCUUACUUCCUCACUAUUGUGUCUCCAAACCUUCUUUUGAAGGUUCAUUCAGAGGCGGAGAAGAACAACCUGUUUUGAUGUGAGUCAAGAGGUCACACUGGGUUCGUGACGGUCCUCCACGGCUUGCUUUGUUCCAUGGAACACGAAACAAACAAGUUCUCAGAUCAAAGUAGCAGCAAAUGUGAAUUACGCAUCAAGAUGGGUUAAAACGCACUUUGAAGACACAGGGGCCCAAGAGGUGAUGGGUCCGAAAAAGAGAUGAAUGUAGCCACAUUGCUUGUGAGGAAAAACUUUAGAAGGUGGAUAAUUUAUUUCAGUGCGAUGUCUCGGAUGGUUGCACUUUAUUAUGCUGGUUGUUACAUUAUGUCAUCAAUCGCCACAGCCAAACUGUAUCACUUCACGCUUUGGCCACAUGACAUAAUGUCCUUUUUUUAGUCUUGUAGAGAUUCAUUUUGUGACAUGGAGAAAAACUGAUCGACACAAUAGUGUCCUGAAGUUGCUUCCUCAAACAGAAAGGUUGUCUGGGGAGGCGUCAGUAGUAGCUUAUAAAGCUGUUCCAUUUUCAUUUCAGCCUUCACCUAUGUGCAUUAACUCUGACAGGAAAAAUGAAGGCCUGAGAGUCCCUCGAGAAAGAGUGAAGAGUACAGUGACAUUACAGGAAGACAGCUGAUGUGACCCAGGCCUCUUGUAAGGAUGUCGCCUGAUCUCUUUUCCUCUUAAGAUGGAGAGAUUACUGUGCUCUUGCUCGCCAACAAAUAGGGGUCUAUACAGAGUUGAACAUGAAAGAGCAUUUUAAAUCAUCACGUUCUCCAAUUUCAAAUCUAAUUUAAAUAUCAAUAGUUUUUUUUCGAUUGCAGUGUAUAUAUCCCAGUGUUUUCUUGGAUCAACCUGAAUUAGGAAGGAUUAGUUCAUCGAGCCACAUGGGAACAAAUGGCUUAUAAUAAGGUGCUUGGGAAAGUAACCCAGAGCCAGAAAGGCUAAAUAGUGACAGGUAAAAGUGGGGGGUUACUGUUGAGUUGUAGUCAGGAGGUGGCCACAUUGCAGUGUUGGUUGUAUUUAUUUUCCGGACAAUGAGAAGGCAAAUUAAUGUUUGGAGCUGCUCAAAUUUGAAAUUUGUUUUUUUUUUGUGAGUCAGUAUCACUAAGACUAAACAAACUUCAAGUCAUCAUGAGGAUGUCCAUGCGUUCUAAACACAGCUGUUUCAUGAAGACAAUUCCGUCUCCUGCUUUGACUCCGUCAGUGCUGUCUUCAGCCCAACAUGGUUGGAAAGAAAUCCAGCCAGAAUAUGAUCGAUAUAAAUAUAUGAUGUCUUUAUGUUUGCCUCUGUAUGUUCAUCAACAUUUAAAAUUCUGCAGGAAUUUUGCUGGCUAAAUAUGCCUCCCUUGGCACACAAAAGAAGAGGCUAAUCACAAUGGUGGAUGUUUGUUUUCCUCAGUUUGCCAAGAAGAAAUAGCAGACAAAGGCUUGUUGUCUGAGAGAUGUCUCUUGUAGCUGGCACCGUGCAGCAUUACACACAUCAUUUAAACUCAAAGCUGAAAGUAAUUUGGACUUUGCUCCAGAAUGUCGGGAUUAUUGUAUUUUUUCGUCUGUAGGCUCAUUGUUCGAGGUCCAGUUUUUUUUUUGUUUCUCAGCCUUAAAGGUUCUUUAUUGAAUUAGAAUACUUGCAGGAAGGCUUAGAUAAUCAUGAAGUCUUGCUUGGCUCACCAUGCUCAGAACCACGGUUCAGAACAGAAGGGAGACAGAAAGCAGAUUGCAUUAGAAUUCAAGACACGAAUGACAGAGGAAGGGUUGAUCAACAAAGAUAUAUUGGCCUCCAUUACCUGGGAACAGAGAAGACUGCAUUCAGAGGGGAAAGGAACCGCAGACCGAGUGUGCCAACUUUGUUCGGCUCCUCCAGCCCUACAACCGCACUCACCUCCUUGCAUGCGGCACCGGAGCCUUUCAUCCGAUGUGCACCUUUGUCUAUGUGGGACACAGAGGAGAGCAUGUGUUCACCGUGGACCAGGCCAAUGUGGAGAAUGGUCGUGGGAAGGUUCCCCAUGAUCCCAACCUACCCUUUGCUAGCACCUUCAGUGGUGGAGAGCUUUACACUGGACUGACAGCGGACUUCCUGGGAAGGGAUUCUGUGAUCUUCAGGAGCAUGGGGGGUCGCUCUACAAUGCGGACAGAGACGGAUCACAAACUCCUCCAUGAUCCCAAGUUCGUCGCGGCUCAUCUCAUCCCAGACAGCGGUGACAGAGAGGAUGACAAAGUGUAUUUCUUCUUCACUGAGAAGGCAUCUGAGGCAGGAGACAGAGAAGGGGCCAUACACACGCGUGUUGGAAGAGUUUGUGCGAAUGAUGUCGGAGGUCAGAGGGUUCUGGUGAACAAGUGGAGCACGUUCAUCAAGGCCAGGCUGGUCUGUUCUGUCCCGGGACCUCACGGCAUUGACACCUACUUCAACCAACUGGAGGAUGUUUUUCUGCUGAGAACCAAAGAUGAGAGGAACCCGGAUGUUUAUGCUAUUUUUAGCACCAUCAGCAACGUGUUCCAGGGUUUUGCCGUGUGUGUUUAUCGAAUGGCUGAUAUACGAGAAGCUUUUAACGGACCCUUCGCCCACAAGGAGGGUCCUGACUACCAGUGGGGGGCAUAUGAGGGUCGGGUCCCGUAUCCAAGACCAGGCGUGUGUCCCAGUAAAAUCACCAACCAGCCGGGUCGAGAGUUUGGCAGCACCAAAGACUUCCCCGAUUCAGUGUUGCAGUUCGCCCGUAGCCACCCACUCAUGUGGCGCCCGGUCCAUCCCGCCCUGCGCCAGCCGGUCCUGGUGAAGAUCAACACUCCCUACAAGCUCAAACAGAUAGUGGUGGAUCGAGUCGAGGCGGAGGAUGGACAGUACGAUGUCAUGUUCAUCGGUACAGACGUCGGGACCGUGCUGAAGGUCAUUGCUCUGCACAGCGGGAACAGUCUGGAGACCGAAGAAGUGACCCUGGAGGAGCUUCAAGUCUUCAAGGUCCCGACUUCAAUAACGUCGAUGGAUAUUUCAGUAAAAAGGCAAGCCGUGUACGUGGGCUCUCCAGCAGGCGUGGCGCUGGUGAAGCUGCACCGCUGUGAGACUUACGGGAAAGCCUGCGCCGAGUGCUGCCUGGCCAGAGACCCCUACUGUGCCUGGGAUGGAUCCAGCUGCUCACGAUACUUGCCCAACAGCAAGCGCCGCUUCCGCAGGCAAGACAUUCGACACGGAAACCCCACGCUGCAGUGUCUCGACCAGAAUCUGAGCGACAUGGACGUAACGGAGGAGCAGGUCGUGUACGGGACAGAAAACAACAGCACGUUCCUGGAGUGUGUUCCUCGCUCUCCGCAAGCGACGGUCAGUUGGAUGGUCCAGCGUGAUGACCGCAAGGAAGAGGUGAAGCAAGAUGACCGCGUGAUGCAGACAGAGCAGGGCCUGCUCUUCCGCCGCCUAUUCAAUCAGGACGAAGGCGUCUACAUCUGUCAGUCCAGAGAGCACGGCUACACUCGGACCCUCGCUCGUUUCAACCUUGAAGUCCUUCAGGGGGACACUUUAGAUGAGCUAAUAAUGCGUGACAGCAUGGGCGUCUCCGAGGCUUUCAAGGACCGGUCGAGCUACAGGUCCUGGAUGCCCUGCAGCGCUUACACCCGCGGAGGCCUGUCAAGCCAAAUCAGCCAGUCGCGUACAUGGUUCAAGGACAUCAUGCAGCUGAUUGGCCCGAACAACAUGCUGCAUGUGGAGGAGUACUGCGAGAGGAUGUGGUGCAACGACAAGCUGCGGAGGAAACACAAGAGCAUGAUGGAGAAAUACCGGCAGGCUCAGGAGAGCGCCAGGAAGGUUCGGAGUAAGAGUUCUGGCGAGCGCAACCGAACGCCUCGUGACCUCAGUGCUCUAGAAUAAAGGAGACAAACAAAUAUUAAAGUUCUGAACGAGAGCAGUGGACGGUGGGCCGGGAGGAGGUUGGAGAAGGUGGAACUGUGGCGUGAGUUUUUUCAACCUAAAGCACAAAUGUGGAUCAGUGGUGAGAGCGUGGCGUUGAAAGACUUUUUCGUGGCUCUCAAGUAUCUUUAGACUUUUAUCAGGUUCUUCUAGUGGUUUAAAAAAUACUAGCAUGUGUCUGACUUUCUGUCACAGGAGCUAACUAUAAGGCAUAUUUGUGUGUAUAUUCCACAAGUUAGAAAUGUUUUGAUCAUAGACCGGAGCCGACAGCAAAGUUAACAUUGUUUCAUCAUAUGUAAGAAAAUCACUACUGUAUCACUGGAUGCAUGAUUUAAGUGUUUCACUAACUUCACUUCAUAUUUCACCAUUAAAACCGUCUCAGUAAAACUGACUUAAUAAGCUAUACACGCUUGACUGGACGAAUGUUGGUUGCUCAACAGAUCUAAACAAGCAUUUCACAGUUUCCCCAGAACAACGGCACCUCCUGCAGGUUGCUUCUGUUGGAAUAAAAUCCAUUUUUAGAUGUUUGUUUCCGACAAUCCCAAAUGCUCCAACUGCAUCUGACAUAACUGGACCUUAUUCGUCGUGUGGGAGUCCUAAUGUGGUUCCCAGACUUCCUCAAGUGGCCCUUCCUCAAAUGUUGGCAGUGACAACAGAAGAACAAUGCAUCUGCCAAGAUUAAUGUGGAAAACCCAUUCUAUUAUUGUGUGAUGCAAACACAGUUCUUAAGUCGUCUGUGGUGUGAUUACAUCACAGUGUUACUCCUCCACUUCCAUGGUCCUAAUAAGGGCACGAGGGACAGAGAGGAUUAGAAACUGAGAUCAGAACCAUUUGCUGAUAACAAGCCUUAUGUUUAUGAAAGUUCUGACUCGUUCAGUUUGUAUUUUAAGAGGAUUAAAAUUGGGCAACUCCACUCUGUGAUCUUUUGAAACUCACCAACCACUGAGGCAUUUUUCCAAAACAUCACCUGUGAGUGAGUCAGUGGUCGUCCAUGUGCACCUUCAAACUCAGUUGAAACUGAAAUGAUGAUUUGGAAUAAAAAGUAUCACACGCGAGAGACUCUUAAAAUCUCUCCUUUUUUUCUGUCGCUAUAAAGCAUGAAGUGGAUGAUCCACAUAAAUAAAUGAACCCUUCCAGAAACAAUUUGAAAGUUUUGUUCAUCACCCUGACAUUCUGUUCUCAAGAAAACAGCCUUGUUGUUUUCCGAGUCAGUGGAUGCUUGACUGCAAUUAUUUCCUGUAAAGCUUCUGGUGAUUGUUUGCUGUGGAAAAAACAAACGUGUGGAGAAACACUCAACAUAAUUGAUGAUGGUUGUAGAAUGUAAAUUGUUGCAGUUAGUCUCUGUGGUUGCAAAAUAUGUCAAUUGUAUGACUCAGUAGUAUUUGUUCUGAUAAUAAUAAUAAUAAACAAAAACAUGUUUUUUAAAGAAAUGUUCUGAACAAAGGUCAAUUAAAUCAGCAUGCUUUAGCAAAAUAUAAAGAUUUGUAUUCAUUUUCACGUCUAUUUCUGCAAUAUACAGUUUGAUUUCAAAAUGAAAUGACUCCAUGUUGUGAUGUAAAAAUCUUCCUGGUACAUUUGUAAAAAGUGUGUCUUCACUUUAAUUUCCUUUUUCUCCUUAUGCUUCGAAAUGAUUCGAUGUAUUUUUUUAUUUACUGUCUCUGAAUGUAGUCUUCGGUCACACAAGAAAUGGGGGAAAAAAAAGAACAAUAAUUUCACUGUUUUAAAGGUCCAAAUUUAAUUGUGCUGUUUAGAGUGUUAUUUAAGAUGUUUCUUUCUACCGUGCAUGCUGUACUUGUGUGCUGCUUAACAGGAUUAAAGUGGAACCAUUUGUAACAUGCGUGCGUGUGAGUGUGUGUGGGGCCACUGAGGGACAAUUAUCCGACGUGAAGCGUGUGAUUGUCCCGUAUUUGAGAAGGAACGUCUGUGAAAGUGUGCAGAAAACAUGGCUGCUUGUCAUUGGAGUAAACACGAUCUAGUAAAAAUCUGAAGCCCAC